UGCACGAGGUGGAGAAGUGGAGCAGUGCACGAGCGGCGGGCAGAAGCCGGAAACAUGGCGGCGCUCAUGUCACUGACUCAGAUAUCAAAUGGAAAUCCUGCAUACGAAACCUUCUACAGACAGGUGGACCCAGGGAACUUGGGUAAAGUUGGUGCAGCUGAAGCAGCACAGUUUUUGAAGAGGUCAGGACUUUCAGACAGCACUCUGGGCAAGAUCUGGGAUUUGUCAGACCCGGAGGGAAAGGGCUACUUGGACAAGCGGGGUUUCUUUGUUGCACUAAGGCUUGUAGCUUCAGCGCAGAAUGGUGGCGAUGUCAGUCAGGCCAGCUUGAACCAGACCUUAUCAAUACCUGCUCCUAAAUUUAGAGACACUGGGAGCCCUUCUCUAAUAUUGACUUCAUCCAGCGACUCUACAUGGACAGUGAAAUUUGAAGAAAAAGCUAAGUAUGACGGCAUAUUCGAGAGUCUCUUACCCAUCAAUGGACUUCUGUCAGGAGAUAAAGUAAAACCAGUUCUCAUCAAUUCGAACCUGCCACUGGAUGUGCUUGGGAAGAUUUGGGAUCUCAGUGACAUUGACAAGGAUGGACAUUUGGAUAAAGAAGAGUUUGCUGUGGCUAUGCAUUUGGUAUACCGAGCCCGAGAGAAAGAAACCGUUCCUUCAAUUUUACCGCCAUCCCUGAUUCCGCAAUCCAAGUGGAAGAAGAGUGCAGUUGCUCUGGCCGGCUCUGUGCCUGUUCUACCCUCCAGUCCUUUCCUCCUGAAGGAGAACCUUCGGCCUACAACACCUCUGUCCAAGAGCCCUCUGACCAUUGCUUCCAAUUUAUCACCCUCAAACUCCUUCAGGAGCUUGAGCCCAAGCCCUAGUCCUAGCCCAGCACCACAGCAGCCUGUUUCGACAAACUGGGUGGUACCUCAGGACGACAGGGAGCAGUAUGAGGAAAUUUUCGAGUUAGCCGACUCUGACUUCGACAGCAUGGUCGGAGGAGGUGAAGUCAAGGACAUCUUUAUUAACUCCGGGUUGCCCCAGAGUGUCCUGGCCCACAUCUGGUCACUGGCAGACACCAAAAGUGUUGGCUUAUUGACUAAAGAGCAGUUCUGUCUGGCCAUGCACCUCAUACAGCAGGCAGUCAAAGGUGUUGAACCUCCAAAGAGUCUGAACCCCGAUAUGAUUCCUCCUUCAGAAAGGGUCUCUGCUGCUUCUACCGCAGUCUCAUCAGAAAUCUCCUCAUCGGUCGGUUUUGAAAUGACAGGACUUUCCGUCAUGUCCAGAGAGGUUAGUAACACAGUGGUGCCUGUGGAGUUGACAGGAAACAAAGAGCUUGAUGAUGUUAGCCAGAAAGUAGCACAGCUUCAGAGCGAGAAGCGCAUCAUUGAGCAGGAGAUCAGGCAGAAGGAGGAGACCCUUCGUCAGAAGAACAGCGAAAUUCAUGGCAUGCAAGUGGACCUAGAGCAAGAGAACAGCAGUAUAAAAGAACUGGAACGACAGACACUUGGCGCCCAGAGCAGACUGCAGGAUAUGGAGCAACAGAGGAGCAAACUGGAGUGCAAAGUGACUGAGGCUAAGACCAAGGUCCAGGAGGAGAACAACAAGAUCUCCUCCAUGCAGGCACAGAUCAUAUCUCAAGAGGCAAAUCAGCAGACACAGGAGAAGGAGCUGAACAGGACCAAGACAGAUUUGUACUGCCUGGAACAGGAGGAAACGCAACUGGAAGAGAAACUGUGUGCAGAAAAAGCCAAGCUGGAGAGCAUCCUAAAACUGCUCAAAACCUCUCAGAAUGAGAUGGAUGAGGUACGGGAGAAGAUCUCACAGAUUCAGGAAAGCCAGAAGCAGCUGAAUAAGACCGUUGAGCGGUUCGACAAAGUUCUCAAUGGCAGCACGUGCAAUCUGGCUGAAAUUGAGCAGCUCCUUGCUGAGGAGGGUUCAGGAAUCCGUAGCACCGUGGAGGACUCCUCCUUCAAGUCCAGGCUGGCCAUGUUUAAUAACAACGCCGCUCAGAACUUCAGCGUGGAUCCCUUUCAGACUGAGGACCCCUUCAAAAGUGACCCCUUCAAUAAAGCUGACCCAUUCGGUGGAGAUCCCUUUAAACAGAGCGACCCGUUCGGAGACCCCUUUAGCAGAUCAGAAGGCUUCACUAACAGUCCCACCAGCUCGUUAAACGCCAGCUCUUUUGGAAGGCAGGGGAAUCCUACAUCCGGCGGUUCUCCUAAAUUUAAAGGGUCAGAUCCCUUUGCUCCAACGGGCUCUUUCUCCGAAUCCUUCGGCGGGAACGGUGGCUUUGCAGAUUUUGGAAAUAUGUCAAAGGUCUCCAGUGGGCCACGUACAGGCCGAAAACCCACCUACCCACUGCCUCCACCCAAAAAAACAGUACCAGCCAGACCAGCACCACCACCGUAUGGCACAUGUUCAGCAGGAACGCAUACGGGAGUUGGCGCUCAUAGACAAACGCACGGUGUUCCCCGCUUUGUGGGGCCGUGCGAGGACUCUCGCUCCUCGCCUCAGCCAAGUAGAUCCACCUUAACAGACUCUCUUACUCUUGCAGACCUUAGAGCAUUCGGAAAUGAAGUCGAGCAGCUGGAGUGGGCCAAGCGAGAGAGUAAGAAGGAGGAAGAGCGCUUGAAGAGGCUCCGCCUCCAAGAACAGCAGGAUCUGGAGCUGGCUCUCGCUCUGAGCCGGGUCGACAUGUCCAGAACGUGAGGCCAGUCCACAGAGCCUUGUCCAGAACCCAGGGCCACCAUAGCUAUCCCAAAUACCACUUCCUCCGAGGGUAAAAAAAAUAACAGAACACCGGGUCUAUUGAAAUUCUUACUGUCGAGCGUUCCCCCGAGCUUUGAGGCUCACAUAACUCAGUUGUUUUCUCUGCUGCUAAAAUUGCACUCUAUCCCACGCUGCCCAACACACAGGCAAACCAAAUCUCAUGGGUUCAUCUCUCAGGUUCCAAUUAAAACGCAUUGUGAUAUGAGACAAAACCAUGACUGAACAAAUGACCAAAGGUUAUAUAAGCUGAACAGACACAUUUAAUAUAAUUAAAAAUUGCUUCAGACAGUUUUUUUUAAAUUGUUUAUUUGUUUGUUUUGGCUCUACCAAAUACAACACUGGUAAAAGAGUGCCCUUGAUAAAAAGAAGACUCUUCUAAUGCUCUGUUCGCUUUGGCCAUGAAAUUUUAUUUUGUUAUUCAGAAGUCCACCUACUUUGCACCGUAUUUAUUGUUUUCUAAAAUAGGAGCAUUUUAUAAAGACACGGAUCAGCACCUUUUCUAGUAAAGAAACCUCACAUCAUUUAAAACCAAGCCAUGUUACAUACCAACCCCAUAAACAUAUUCACUUCAAAUACACGUUUUAUUAAACAAUUUAUACGCAUCUUUUAUUAGAACUGCAUUUGUUCGAUUUGAUAUGUUAGGGUUCAAGCUUUGUACUAUCUUAGCAACAGAUUAGCAAGGAAAUACUGUAUUAGCUAUAUGCACUCAUUAGACAUAGGGACAAUCUUUGCUACGUUUGUCAAAGUCUUAUUUUUCUACAACGAACGUACAUUUUGUUUUUUUCCGUACUAUUUCGGUGCAUGAAACUUUUGCAUAUAGGAAUUAAGAGUGAAGUGGUGAACGCUAUCACGGUGAAACGUCAGACCUCAUGCACCAUUGGACUGCUGGGAAAUCGUUAGUCAGGCGAUUUAGAUUUUCUAAUUUCUGUACAGUUGAUAAAAAUCUAAAUUCUGGAUUAAGUGGAAAAACGUAACGCUCGCCUGCUGCUUGCGUGUAUGACUGUAGGGUUGAUCUGAAAUCACGGGGGACAUCAUUUACUGCCCGUUUCGGCUCUGUUACUCAAGCACACCUCACAUCACCGAAGUGAUUUUUGAUCAUUUACUCAGUGCAUUAAAGGUCAUGUUGUUAGCGCAUAUUGGAAGCAGUUAGCAAACCUCAUUCGGUAGUAAUGCUUUAUUUUGGGAUUUAAGUUACUUUUCAGUACACACAACCAAACUUCAGGCCAAGUAUCAGCACAUGAACUGAUUCCAAGUAUGAUGUAUUUUUAGUUAUAAGAGUGUGAUUUGAUUGUUUUUGCCCUUUACGAGCGCACAGCCAUCGAUCUGUGCAGUUUUUCUGUUUUCCGAAGGGUCGCUUUUCACUGAUGGUAAAAUAAUGUAUAAAUUGUGAUUGCAGGAACAAUUGCGGUGAAGCGGAAUUCCUGAUUUGUUUAACACGAUUUUCAGAACGUUUUCUUAUGGCUUUAUACUGUAUAUGGUGUUAUUUCUUUAUGUCCUAAUAUAUUUAUUGUGUUUGUCCAACACUACCUUCAUAAUAUUUUCUGUUUUAGUUUCUGUAUAUCAACAGCAAAUGUGAGAAGUAUUUAUAUUUUGUUAAGCGGUCCUGAUAACAUGCCUGAUUUGUUCUGCUUGUAUGGAUUUGUUUGAAUGGAGAUGGAUUUUAUUUGCUUGACUUUCACAUUAAACUCAAAUAAUCGAUGAAAAUCAA